CACCAGCAGCUCAACUACAUCCACCAGCUCGUCAAGCUCAACUACAAGCACCAGCACUACAAGCAGUACAAGCACAUCUACCACCAGCAGCUCAAGUUCGUCUAGCUCGACAUCAACUACCAGCAGCUCCACUACAUCCACCAGCUCGUCAAGCUCGACUACAAGCACCAGCAGCACAAGCAGUACAAGCACAACUACCACAAGCAGCACGAGCAGCUCAAGUUCGUCUAGCUCGACAUCAACCACCAGCAGCUCCACUACAUCCACCAGCUCGUCAAGCUCGACUACAAGCACUAGCAGCACAAGCAGUACAAGCACAACUAGCACCAGCAGCACGAGCAGCUCAAGUUCGUCUAGCUCGACAUCAACCACCAGCAGCUCCACUACAUCCACCAGCUCGUCAAGCUCGACUACAAGCACUAGCAGCACAAGCAGUACAAGCACAACUAGCACCAGCAGCACGAGCAGCUCAAGUUCCUCUAGCUCGACAUCAACCACCAGCAGCUCCACUACAUCGACCAGCUCGUCAAGCUCGACUACAAGCACCAGCAGCACAAGCAGUACAAGCACAACUACCACCAGCAGCACGAGCAGCUCAAGUUCGUCUAGCUCGACAUCAACCAGUAGCAGCUCCACUACAUCCACCAGCUCUUCAAGCUCGACUACAAGCACGAGCAGCACAAGCAGUACAAGCACAACUAGCACCAGCAGCACGAGCAGCUCAAGUUCGUCUAGCUCGACAUCAACCACCAGCAGCUCCACUACAUCCACCAGCACAAGCAGCACCACGUCCUCAACUACGAGCUCCAGCAGCUCCUCGAGCACCACCUCUCGCACCAGCAGCAGCACCAGCUCGACUACUUGGACGACAACUUCGAGCACGGUGAGCUCCAGCACUUCUACCACCUCCAGCAGCUCCAGCAGCUCCUCCAGCACUACCACCAGGACCAGCACUACCUCCAGCAGCUCCAGUUCCAGCACUACUUCCAAGAGCCUCACCAGCACCACCACCAGCACAAGCACCACGAAGAGCGGCACGAGCACCACUUUGACGAUCAGCAGCAGCUCCACCUCGAGCCUCACCAGCAGCACCACCUUCAGCUCCACCAGCACCAGCUCCACGCAGCCGCAGUGCGUGGGCUUCGCCGGGGUGGCGGUGGACGUGGCGCCGAGCUGCGCGGAGCUGGCGGAGCAGCAGAACUGCUCCGCGGACAUCCUGGAGAUUGACGAGAACAGCACCUCCGACAAUGCGACAUCCGACGCCGAGAUGCUGACCACCUGCUACAGCCCCGGGGCGGCGGAGUUCGUGUGCCCCCGGGGCGGGGGAGAGCUGGUGCUGGCCUCCCAACGGGUGAGGUGCCAGGUGUGCGCGGCCGAGGACUUCAUGGACCUGGAUGAAACCCACUUCCAGGUGUCGGGCACGUUGCGCUGGGGGCCCAACACCUUGCUGGACCAGGUGGACGAGUCCAUGCUGGACGGCUACGAGCUGUGGAUCGUGGAUAGCUGUGGGGAGCGGCUCCUCUUCGUUGCCAGCCUCCAGAAGAGGAGCGCGCCCAUGGAGACAUGGAUGACCGAGUGCUGCGACGCAAGCACCUACAGCCUGGACGUGAACAUGGCGCUGCCUUCGGACUACUUUGGCUUCAUGGUGGUGCCGUACCAGGGCGCCGAGCGGCUGGCCGCCGGCGCCAUCGUGCCCAUCGUGGAGCGCACCAGCACUACGUCCACUCGAAGCUCCACCACCAGCACCAGCCAGACCAUCACCACCUCCACUGACACCGUCACCACGGUCACCGGAUCCAGCACCACAGUCACCUCCAGCUCCACCAGGAGCAGCACCACAACUACCACACGCUCCAUCUCCUCCACUUCUGCCACUGUCACCUCGACAUCUGCGACCAGCACGGAGACCAACACCACCACGACCACCGUCACCACAGAGACGACGUCGACGACGACCACCACUGCCACCGCCACGAGCACCAGGACCAGCAUUACCACCACCACGAUCACCUCCACCAUGCAAGCGCCGGCCAGCCUCGAGGGCUGUUUGGGCCUGUCGGUGUCAGAUGCCGGAGCCUUCACGAAUUCGGAGGAUGGCCGUGGCGCACUGCGCAAUAUGCUGGCCAGAGCCGCCGGGGAAGAUGUGCAGCCCGAGUAUGUGCAGGACUUAGCCCUCACGGCGGGCGCGAGCUGCGAUGCCCGGCGUCUGACGGGCCGGCGCCUGCAGGAGUCCCUGCGCGCGGACUACGUCAUCGUCUUCCCGGCGUCGCUGGGGGUGGAGGUGGCGCUCCAGGUGGCGGAAAGCGGGCAAAAGGCGCUGGAGACCAUGUCCUUGGAGGAGGCCACCUCCUUCCUCACGGAGGAGGUGCAGAAGGUUCCCACCUUGGCGCACGUCACGGUGACCGUCACUACCAAGAAGGUGACGAUCACUGUGACUCCAAUUGCACAAGUGGAAGUGCAGACUGAUGUGGCGCUCGCGGUGAUGAGCGGCCUCGGGGCGAUGCUCUUCCCCCUGUGCAUGUUCCUGAUCUGGUGGCGCUGCCAGAAAAGGCUGCAGCCAAUCAAACCAAAAAUCAAAGACGAGGUGAAGGACGUUGACGAGCCGCCAUUGAGGUUCGCCGAGGCGGCGCUGGAGGACACCUUCGCCGCGGUACAGCCGAUGGUUUACGAGCAGAUGGCAGAGGUCAAGAAGAAGAAGAAGCUGGCGCCAAAAAGAAAGGUCCGAAAGCCGAGGUCGGGGCAGGAGGAGGACCUGCCAGAAGGGUCCGUGAAGAAGCGGGUCAAGAAGCUUCGGCCGAAGAAGGCGAAGAACGAGCUGGAGGCCGAGGACAACAGGAUAGUACCUGCAGAGAUACCCCUGGAGAGCUUUUUGGAGCUGGAGGACGAGGGGGUGGUCUUCGACGUGCCUAGCGACGUGCCUAGGAGCCCAGAGGCCGCACGAGGCUCGAUGUCGAGUCUACCCUCGGUGCCGUGGUCCGAGGACGACGCGCUGGUGGGCCGGCUGGAGGCUGAGGGAGUUCUACUGAGGAGCGCGGGCUCGGCGCCUGCUGCAGCCCGGCUGCCGGCGGCACCUGGGCCUGCGCGUUCGGUGGCACCUGGGCCUGCGCGUUCCUCGCUGUCGAGUCUUCCCUCAGUGCCUUGGGAGGAGGAUGAGCAACCGAGCGCGAGCUCGGCGCCUGCUGCAGCUCGGCUGCCGUCGGCACCUGGGCCUGCGCGUUCCUCGCUGUCGAGUCUGCCCUCAGUGCCUUGGGAGGAGGAUGAGGAACCGCCGCGGGCGGCGACCCGGGUGAAGACGCCGGAGACGGUGCCCAUCACCCCGCUGACGGAUACGACGGCUACUCCGCCGGCUUCGAAGCAGCGGCUGAAGCCCAAAAUCAAAAAGGGCAAGCGGAGCGGCAAGCGGCGGCCUUCGGGCGCAACGCCGCAGGCUGACUUGGAGGGAGUCCAGAUCGCCAUCGAGCCGCCGGCGCUUUGGUCUGAUGAGUCGGACGCGGACCCGGAGAGGACACCAUCGGUAAGAUGGCAUGAUGAGCCGAGGACGCCAGCGCCAGAGCCGGCAGCGCCGUGGAGCGACGAUGAGGCAACGCCGGCGAAGUCGGUGAAGCCGUCCACAUCGGUGAGAUGGUCCGACGAGCAAAGGAGUGAAGCUCCGAAUGAAGCCAUUGAUAUCACCAUCACCUACUAGACGGGUCCUUUUCGACUGGCGAAGGCUGGCCGUUGGCCCUGAAUAUUUAUGGACUUUUGGGCCCGAGGUCGACGCACGAUCUCCAAGGAGUCGAGAAAAGGUACCUUUGUUAGGUGGUUUCCUUCUUGCAAUCACACAGUCCUAGAGAUUCCCAGAGCUUUGCGCUGCGCAAGGCGGUAUUUUGAGAAGUGGUCGAGCGGGGUCCAGCUUGUACUGCGCUAAUGAAUCCGGGCCGUCCUUAAAGGACCCCGCUUUUAUGAGGGCUCCAGUCGCAAGUCUGCGCGAGCUGUGAGAUCCUGUACUGCGCAGCAGGGGAAGAGGCAAUCAAAUCCAGUGGCCAAGGGCGAAGCA